AUGCUGGUCUCUCUGACUGUUGGCAAGGUGGACGCUGGCGUCGCAGUCCUCUUGACCGAGGACAAACGCCUAAUUGAAUUCCCCUCCGUUCUUCUUCCCAACGGCAUCUCCUCUGGCAGCAUUGUUGACAUUACCGUUGCGCGCAACCAUGCCGCUGAGACAGCCAAUGCAUCUACCUUCCAGUCUCUCCAGAAGCGCAUCCUGAAUACCUACGGUGUCAAAACCCCCUCCCCUCCCAUCUUGCGCCUGCGCAAUGCCACUCAGACCUCCCUCGUUCUCGAAUGGGAUCCAAUCGACUUGGCAACCGCGUCCCUGAAAUCGCUUUCCCUCUACCGCAACGGCUCCAAGGCAGGCUCGAUACCCCGCCCCCUCGAGACGCGCAGCACCAAGAUUAGCGGCCUGGCUGUUCACCAUGAGUACACAUUCCACCUCGUCUUGCGCACAACCGCCGGCACCUAUCAGUCGGAGAAGUUGACGUGCCGGACGCACAAGAUGACCGAUCUGUCGGGUAUAACGGUGACCGCUGGUGUUCUUGACCCGCAGCGUAAGGAGGCCCUUGGACACGCAUUGGAUCGUAUUGGAGGCAAGAUGAUCGACUCCGUUCGCAUCGACACCACCCACUUUGUCUGUGCUGAGGGACGGGGCCCGCUCUGGGAGAAGGCCGUGGAGAUGAAUAUCCCAGUCGUUGUACCUGAGUGGGUAGAUGCGUGCGAGUCUGAGGGAACGAUUGUCGGCGUGCGCGACUACUAUCUGAACGCGGACCCCAAGGCGCGCAAGCUUGGUACACUCCACGGCUCUUCUCACCAACGCACCACCUCGACCAUGUCUACAUCUUCGGCAGUCAACCAGGGCCGGCCCAGUAGUCUCCAGCCACCAAUCAGGGAGGAAGAUCCCGCCGCGCCUGAACCGCCUCUCACGCCGUUCCCAGGUGGUGAGAUGAGCAUUCAGCCACAGGCACAAGCCGAGGAAGUCGGGUCGGAAGAUGAAGAGGAGACACCACCACCUCCCCCUCCAAAGGACGAGUCCGAUGACGCAGAAGAACCUGCGCAGACGAAUGGAGAUACGGGAGAUCUAGGCGGACCAGAUGAGAAGAUUCAGGAAGAAGAGGAGACAAGCAAAGAGAGCACUCUCCCACAGCAUAUGCCCGAGGGAGACUCGGAGCGCACAAGUAAUGAUGAAAGCAGCAAGGGCAAAGGUAAAGAGGGCGAGGGUGACUUCAAUGAAGUCCCACUCUAA